AUGGAUCCUGAAAUAAAUCUGCAAGAUCUUCACCCAAAAAAGAGAUGGAGGAGUGAGUUGUAUGCUCAAUUUGUUCUUGCCUGGCAGAACAAUAAUCAGUUACCUGCUGAAGGCACUCCAGAAAAAAAUGUUAAUAGCUUGGAUGACAAUCAUCAGCUGGCUGUUUAUACUCCUGCUGACGCUUCUGCUUCUGAUGGAACUGUUACUCAACCUCCACAGAACCAGGCCGGUCGGAUUGCGCCAUCUGUGGAAGCUUACACUGUCCAGUGUUCACUCUGUUAUAAGUGGAGGCUUAUUCCUUCGAAGGAGAAAUUCGAGGAAAUCCGUGAACACUUAAUAGAGCAGCCUUUUGUAUGCAGAGCACUUUAUCAGUGGCGUCCUCAGAUAUCUUGCACUGUUAAAACUGAUCUUCAACCAGAUGGUAGCAAGUUAUGGGCAAUUGAAACGCCCAACAUUCCUCGACCCCCUCCUAGGUGGAAGCGCAUUUUGAAGAUCAGGGCUUCCCAAGGAACCAGAUUUGCAGAUGUGUAUUAUUAUACACCAUCGAACAAGAGACUGCGGUCCACAACUGAAGUUCAAAGGUAUUUGCGUGAACAUCCCAAUGAGGCGGAUGGAGUUGACUUGGGCCAAUUUUCUUUUAAAAUCCCACUGUUGGUGAAGGAGAAGUCCUUGGAAGAACAUACCACCCGUGUUUUACAAGACGGUCGCAAACGCCGCAGGAUGCCUUGA